UUGGCCAAAGUAAUUGCAAUUGCAAUCGAGUUAAAAAAACGAAAGAAAGAUGCUUAUCGUUCGCUAUCUAAUCGCUCUCGUCUUCUCCGUCUUUAUGAUGGCCACCUCAUUGAAGAUCGAGGAGCGUUAUCGUCGUUCCGCCGAUUACAAGAUCUCCACACCCGAUCGCCUUGCUCUCCACAUGCAACAACGUAAUGCGGAAGAUGCCCAGGGAACAACUGGAAGGCAACUGGAACGCAGACGCUUGAAUGUCUAAAGCGAAUGGAAUGCAAAUUGAUUUCUCAUCGAUAAAUCAAUGCAAAUUGUGAUUAGCAAAAAAGUACUCAGGACUCAACUCUAUAAUUAAGUGAUAACUAGAAGAUAAUGCUAAAAUGUGAAUUUUAAAUUUAAGACAAAACUGUGAAACUACGAGUAUGUAAAAUUAUUUUAUAAUUGUAAAUGUAUCGAGAAAUCCAGUCUAUCAAUAAUGA